UUCAAAGCCAGCUGAAGGCAAAAGGAAGCACUGAGAGAGAGAGAGAGAGAGAGAGAGAGAGAGAGAGAGAGAGAGAGCUCCUUCAGUGUCUGACUGUGUGGACCUGCUUGUCAGAAGGCUGAGAGAAGAUGAGAGGAAUGAGCCUCCAGCUGGUAUGCCUGACUCUCCUGGCUUUCAGCUCCUGGAGUCUGUGCUCAGAUUCAGAAGAAGAUGUGAGAGCCCUGGAGGCAGAUCUAUUGACAAAUAUGCAUGCAUCCAAGAUCAGCAAAGCAAGUCCUCCCUCUUGGAAAAUGACCUUGCUGAAUGUUUGCAGCCUCAUAAAUAACCUGAACAGCCCAGCCGAGGAAGCAGGAGAAAUGCAUGAUGACGACCUUGUUGGCAAAAGGAAACUUCCCCUUGUUCUGGAUGGUUUUAGCUUGGAAGCAAUGCUGACCAUCUUCCAGCUCCAGAAAAUCUGCCGCAGCAGGGCCUUUCAACACUGGGAGAUAAUUCAGGAAGAUAUCCUUGAUAACAUCAAUGGUAAAAACGAGAAGGAAGAAGUGAUAAAGAGAAAAAUCCCUUAUAUUCUGAAAAGGCAGCUGUAUGAGAAUAAACCCAGAAGGCCCUACAUUCUCAAGAGGAGCUCCUACUACUACUGAGAAGCUAAUCCUUGACCUGUGAUUGUGAUCGAUUACCUGAUAUCUAGAUAUAUAAUUAUAUGUGUGAAUGAAUGUGACAGAACUUGAUUAUUUCAUCUUUCCCCACAAUUGUGCUUUAUUGGAUGUGAUUUUUCUUGCAUUCAUGUAAAUUGGAUGCGAUGUUUUCAAAUAAAUGUAGAUCUUGAGCAUGAUGUGUUCUGUAUAAUUGGAAUAGAUAAUAAUCCUAUCAUAUGUAGAAUGUUUUGUCAAUUUGCAAAAUAAGUUAUGGGUCAUAUGAACAGUCCUGGCAUUUAGCAUGUUAUAGGAAAUUAUAAGAGAUUAUAACAAAACUGAGCAUCAUUAACCCAAAGCAGAACAAUGG